CAAGAAACACAGACACAUCAAAACAAUAAAAAUAAUAAAAAAAGACUAGCCUUAAAGGACCUUAGAGGCAAAAGCAAACGACUAAUGGAUAAUAAUCCAGAAAUUGAGAUGGCUGAGGAGGCCUCUACGCCUUGCCCUAACAGGCAACCAGAAGAACCGCCUAGGCCUACCCAUACUAGGACAAGAAGCAAUUUUUCUCCAUUUAUUGGAGCAGUGCCAAGAUACCCUACAGUAGGGAAAACACCAAAGGCAACCUCUAUUAAGGAAGCCUUAGAGAUUGCUAGAAACCUAGUAAUCCAAGUAGCUAACCUAGCUAAAAACAACCCUACUAGGCAAACUAGUUUACUAGACCUUAUAGAAGUCUUUAGAGACUUUACAGAGAACGGCAGAGUAAAUAAGAAAAACUCUAUAAUUCUAGAAGACCAAAUCUCCUCUCUAUCUAACGUCUCUAAAGAACUAAGAGAGAAAGUUAGACGCCUUGAAAAACCAAAUACCCCGCCCACCCAACCUCAAGCUCAGCCCCCUAGCUCCUACGCAACAGUAGCAGCUAGUAAUUAA